AUGCAUCACCUCACGACCCUCCUUGUCCUGUCGGCUUCGGUCUCGGCUGCUGUGGUCCCCAGCAGUCCCUCUACCCCUGCAGCUAGUACUCGAAACCAUCUGUCCGUUCUGGAUACUGGCCUUCCUUUGCAGUGGAGGUUAACGACCAGAGUGCCAGCCCGACUGGUCCAAGAAGAGCCCGUCGUUCACGCCGCAUUAUGCGACAACAACUCCUACUUUACCAGCCUCAACUACCUCAAAUACGACUGGAACGACACCAUCGUCAAUGCUGGCGAGCUCACUGUUGGCCAGGACUUCAGCAACUACCAGAAUGGAAUCCCCGUUCCUCUUGGUGUUGGCCGUGACUGGACACCAGCACUGGUACGGGAACUGCAACGCCCCGUACGAGGCAUGAGCCAUAAGGCGUGGAAUGGCGCCGAAAAGCACUGA